AUGAUUGACGCAGAGGACAGACUCUUCUUGAGAGCUCAGCUCACUGACUUCAGUCUGUUCUUCCUCCUUCUCCUAACACACUCUUGCGGAGGUCAGUCUGGUCCACCUCAGCCAAUCGUGGCAAUGAUUGGUGACGAGAUCAUUUUACCAUGUCACCUGGAACCUACUGCAGACGCUGUUGACCAGACUGUGGAGUGGACAAGACCUGACCUAAACCCUAGAUUUGUCCAUCUGAGGCGAGACAGAGUGGAUCUUCUAGAUGAGCAGCAUCCAUCGUACAGGGGGAGAACAUCACUGGCCACCAACAAACUGAAGUGUGGAGACCUUUCACUGAAACUCUCCACAGUAAAACUCUCUGAUGCAGGAACGUACAAAUGCCUCAUUCCCAAAUCUGGUAGGGAAUCGGUGGUCGAGCUUGUUGUAGGUUCUGUCUCCUCGCCCGACAUUGACGUUUCCAGAGUCAGCAAUGGAGUGGUGUUAGACUGUAAAUCUAAAGGCUGGUAUCCAGAGCCAGAGGUGUUGUGGCUGGACGGUGAGGGAAAGCUGCUCUCUGCUGGACCUACAGAGACAGUCAGAGGUCCUGAUGACCUCUAUACUGUCAGCAGCAGAGUGACUGUGGAGAAGAGACACAGCAACAGCUUCACCUGUAGAGUCCAACAGAAGAUCAUCAACCAGACCAGAGAGACACAGAUUCAUGUUUCAGAUGAUUUCUUCAUGACUCAAUCUAGUUCUUCAGUUCGCAUCACCAUCAGCCUGGUUGCUUGCUUCAUGUGUUUUCUGACAGUUGCCCUGCUUGUGUGGAAAAACAACAAAACCAAGAUGCAGGAAGAAAGUAAGAUGAGCAACAACAUAGAACGUCAGCUUCUGAUGGAGGAACAAAGAGCCAGAGAGCAUCUCAUGACAGAACAUGAGAAAAUGAAGUAUUUGGACACGGCAAAGGCAAGAGCUGAUGAGGAGCUUCAGAGGAAUGAGGAAGAACUGCAACAUGUGAAAGGGGUGAUUUCAACACUGACAGGACAGAAGACAGAUCUGAAGAAGCAGAGAGAGAAAGUCACCUCACUACUGCCGGAGGUCAUGUGA